AUGAAGAUUGCAAUUCUUUUAUCCGUCUUUGUAGCAGUGGUUGUGGCAAGACCCGAUGAAGAGUUGUACAGCAGAUAUGAGAACUUUGACGUAAAAGAACUUGUAUCCAACCUACGACUGCUUAAAGCAUAUACACUCUGUUUCCUAGGUAAAGGAAAAUGUACACCAGAAGGAAAUGAUUUUAAAAAAUUGAUGCCAGAGGCGGUACAAACCGAAUGCGGAAAAUGUUCAGAAACACAGAAGUCGCAAGUUGCUCAAGUAAUUAAAGCCAUUGUAGAGCAACUGCCUGUUGAAUGGGAAGAAUUAUCUAAAGAAUAUAACCCUAAUGGAGUUCACACGGUCAAACUCAAUCAGUUCCUGGAGAAAUACGCAAAAAAUUAA